AUGUCCAAGCCGACUGAUGUUCGCGCGUUUCUAACUCCGUUGAUUGAAGACCUUCGGCUGUUGAUGGAAGAUGGUGUCUGGGAUGUUGAAUACGGUCGCAAGCAUGGUGUGCAGCUGGACAGUGUCAUUGCUGAUGCUCCUGCUAAGGCAUUGUUAAAACAGAUUAAAUCACACACGGGCCAUUUUUGUUGCCCAUUUUGCACUCAGAAGGGCAGCAGUUGUUCUCGACGAAUGGUGUUUAAAGCUCGUGGAGGUAAACUAAGGACGGACUACGAUUUUCGUCUGCGAUUGCAAGAUGAACAUCACACCGGAUUGUCUCCAUUUGAGCAGCUUCCCAUUGAUAUGGUCGGCACGUUUCCAACGGACUAUAUGCAUUCGGUGUGCCUGGGAAUAAUGAAAAGGCUGCUAAGUUUGUGGCGAAAACCUGGUGGAGACAAACGUUCACCCAUAAGUGUAUCCCAUUGGAAAAUAUUGGGAGAAAACUUACAGUUGGCAUGUCAAUCACUCACAUGUGAGUUUCCACGAAAAUGCCGUGGUUUGGGUGAUAUUGAGUUCUGGAAGGCCACGGAAUAUCAACAAUUUCUUCUGUACCUCGGACCUGUGGUUUUACGGAAAGUAUUGCCACCUGAUAACUACAAAAACUUCCUAGACUUUUCAGAAUACACGUACAUCCUUUGUAGCACCACGUUCGCUGACCAUUAUUUAGACUACAUUCAGAAACAAGCGCCUGCGGUGGUAGUCCAUUUCAUGCAGCUAUACGGAGAGGCAGAGGGGGUGUAUAACGUACAUGUGUGGACCCAUCUGUGCGACGAUGUACGACGACACGGCGUAUUGGAUAACUUUUCAGCAUAUCCAUAUGAAAGUUUCAUGCAGACAAUACGCUAG